AUGGUAUCAGUUCUCCCCAAGGAUUCCAACAGGGACCUGCACACGCUGACCCCAGCUGAAGUGCUGAACUCCACGUGGGCAUAUCUCCCUGAUACACACCAGCCUAUCUGUUGCAUCAUCAACAUGGGAGACCAGAACAGAAACACUAGCUUUGCACCAGACUUGAAUUCACCCCAAGACCAUGUCUCCUUGCUCCCCUUAAACUACAGUUAUAGUGAUUAUGACCUUCCCCUGGAUGAGAAUGAGGACGUGACCAAGACACAAACCUUCUACGCAGCCAAAAUUGUUAUUGGCGUGGCGCUGGCAGGCAUCAUGCUAGUCUGCGGCAUUGGCAAUUUUGUCUUCAUCGCUGCCCUCGCCCGCUACAAGAAGCUGCGCAACCUUACCAACCUCCUCAUCGCUAACUUGGCCAUCUCCGACUUCCUGGUGGCGAUCGUCUGCUGCCCCUUUGAGAUGGACUAUUAUGUAGUACGGCAGCUUUCCUGGGAGCAUGGUCACGUGCUCUGUGCCUCUGUCAACUACCUUCGUACUGUCUCCCUGUACGUCUCCACCAAUGCUCUGCUGGCCAUCGCUAUUGACAGAUAUCUCGCUAUUGUCCACCCCUUGAAACCACGGAUGAAUUAUCAGACCGCCUCCUUCCUGAUCGCUUUGGUCUGGAUGGUCUCCAUCCUCAUCGCCAUCCCCUCUGCCUACUUCACCACAGAAACCACCCUCGUUAUCGUCAAGAAUCAGGAAAAGAUCUUCUGUGGUCAGAUCUGGCCGGUGGACCAGCAGCUCCGCUACAAAUCCUACUUCCUCUUCGUCUUCGGGCUUGAGUUUGUGGUUCCCGUGAUCACUAUGACCCUGUGCUAUGCAAGGAUCUCCCAGGAGCUCUGGUUCAAGGCUGUACCUGGCUUCCAGACGGAGCAGAUCCGCAAGCGGCUGCGUUGCCGCCGCAAGACAGUGCUGUUACUCAUGGGUAUCCUCACAGCCUACGUGCUGUGCUGGGCGCCUUUCUAUGGCUUUACCAUAGUGCGAGACUUCUUCCCCACGGUGGUUGUGAAGGAGAAGCACUACCUCACCGCCUUCUAUGUCGUAGAGUGCAUUGCCAUGAGCAACAGCAUGAUCAAUACUAUAUGCUUCGUGACGGUCAAGAACAACACCAUGAAGUAUUUCAAGAAGAUGCUGCUGCUCCACUGGAGGCCCUCUCACUACGGGAGUAAGUCCAGCGCUGACCUCGACCUCAAAGCCAGUGGAGUGCCUGCCACAGAAGAGGUGGAUUGUAUCAGACUGAAGUAGCCUGCAGGUGUUGCCCAAGGAAAAACUCAACAUUCGAUACUCAGUGUAUCACACGCUAUCAACCACUCACAAGCUACAUGGAAAGAUACAGCUGUAUUCAUGCUCUCCUGCUUUAGUGUAUCGGAUGCUUCUAUGUCAUAACAUACAGCACAACUGAUGUCUGCACAACACCUCAAGAGACUGGACACAAAUAGUAACAAGUGACAUGGACUGAGGGCUUCUGUCUGCAAACCACACCAACAGAUUAUUCAAGGACAAGAGCUGACAUUUGAGGAUUACCUGCAAAGUGCAGAUAUAUAUAUAUAUAUAUAUAUCCAUCCAGGUCACUAGGAAGAGAUCACAAAUGAUUAGCCAGGAUCAUGCUCCAUAUUCUUUCAUUCUGUAUCUUUUCUGCACAGAACUGUCAAAGGCAAUAGAAUAAAAGCACUUAGGCAUACUAGAAAUGUAAGGAUAACUCCAUCAAUAUGGAGACCACAGCUUCAUAGGAAGAGGGUCCAAACAGCAUACUGACUUUCUCCACUCAGCUUCAGUUAUCUCCUUAGAUAUUCUGUACUUAUCUGCAAUGUUGUAAUUUCAAAUGAGAGGGGGGAAAAAGGCUUUACCAUGGAUGUAUCGAAUCUCAUCAGCCUAUAGGGUGAAGAUGAGAGCUCCUGAGACAAGAAAUGUAUCCAGUUCUGGAUACUUUAAUGCCAAGGAUUUCAGGGCUCUGGGGUCAUGGAGGAAGAGAACACAGAAAGAACAGAGGUUUCCAGUGGCAAUGGUAUAAUCUGUCCACUUGCUAUGAUUCGGACAAUUUUUUAGAACAUACUCUGACUUACAAAAGGAGCUCUACUUGAGAUCCAAAGAUCCGAGUAAAAGUCCUAACUCCAGGACUCAUCUCUGUGUGUCUCCACUUUAAUGAAAUGGGAAUAAUGAACACGGAUCAUUAGGAACAUCAGCCCUGAAGUCAUGGUGUGGAUGUGAUUUUCACCGAUUCCCUUGUUAAGAGUGUGAUACCGAAGAGCUCAUUAGAGGGAGUUUGGAACGGAGAAACAGCUCCACAGUUUUCACCCCUCUUCUUUGGAUCAGAGACCACUGAACUCAUUUUGAAGUAGCAUAUCUAUAGUGGGGCAUAAAGGUCUCCCCGUCACAGAGUGCAAUCAAGAAGAUACAGUCAAGGCCCAUAACCCCUGUAGUCUUAGACAGUCUUCCCAACAUAGCACUGGUGGACCCCAGGACUGAAUCCACUUGUAUUAUUACAUCAUCUACUGAACACUAGGGUUGAUCAGGUUGGCUAGAUGGGUAUUUCCUUCCUCCUUCACAGCCCCAUAUGUUUCCUUCCCUUAAACUGCACACUCAGUUACCAAGGAAGACCUCCUUAAACACAGGAGGACCAUUAUUCUGCCCAGGACACAGGAGUGUCAUGCUUCCCUGAUAAACCUCUAAAUAACCUCUCCAGUAGACACUGCACCCUUCGCGUGUCAACAGAAUUUACCUCUUUCUUGUAUUUAAACAUAUCAUCCUCCUUUUGUUUAGAUUUAACUAGAAAGCAUUCCUGUAAACAUCAAUGUGUUUGUUAUAUCGCAGUGAAAAGGGGUAUGUUGUUAUCAUAUGGAAUAAAUAACAUACAGAAUUAUAAUCAC